CAUUGCAUCAAAUACAGUUAGGACUCGCGCCGCGCUGCUUUGACAGCAUAGUUGCCGUGCGGACCCUUGACGAGUCUGUCCGACGAGGUUUUCUUCAAAGUGCGAGUGCUUGCACGCGCAAGCUGACCUUCCUUAUUUUUAAUUCUGAUUUUCCUUUUGUCCAAAGAUGAAGAAAUCCGCCUUCGUCGUCGCAUCGCUCUUGCUGCUUGCAGGAUUUGCAGCUGCAGAGGAGGAUUUCAUUGAUGAGGAGGUUGGAACUGUUGAGAAAGACCUUGGAUCUAGUCGAGAGGCCUCGCGCACAGACGAUGAAGUUGUGCAGAGGGAGGAAGAAGCUAUCAAACUUGAUGGACUGAAUGUAGCACAGGUGAAAGAAUUGAGAGAAAAGGCUGAGAAAUUCAACUUCCAGACAGAAGUCAACCGAAUGAUGAAACUCAUCAUCAAUUCUUUGUACCGCAACAAAGAAAUUUUCCUCAGAGAGUUGAUUUCCAAUGCAUCGGAUGCUUUGGAUAAAAUUCGGUUAUUGGCACUCACUGAUAAAAAUAUUCUUGAUACUAAUCCUGAUACAUCAAUUAAAAUAAAAGCAGAUAAAGAGAAUAAGGUUUUAAGUAUCACAGAUUCUGGAAUUGGUAUGACUAAACAAGAUCUCAUAAACAACUUAGGUACAAUUGCUAAGUCUGGUACAGCAGAGUUUCUGGGUAAAAUGCAAGAUGCAUCUAAUGCUCAAGAAAUGAAUGACAUGAUUGGUCAAUUUGGUGUUGGAUUCUAUUCUGCCUUCCUGGUGGCUAACAAAGUUAUUGUAACCACAAAGCACAAUGAUGAUAAGCAGUAUAUUUGGGAAUCUGACAGUUCAACCUUCAGCAUUGUUGAUGAUCCACGAGGUGACACACUCAAGAGAGGAACCACUAUUAGUUUAUACCUGAAAGAUGAAGCUUCUGACUUUCUAGAACAAGAUACCAUCAAGAACCUGAUCAAGAAAUACUCUCAGUUUAUCAACUUCCCUAUUUAUUUGUGGAGUAGCAAGACCAUUGAAGUUGAGGAAGAAGACCAGGAAGAAAAGGCUGAAGAAGUAGAAGACAAGAAAACUGAAGAAGAUGAGGAUGCAAAGGUAGAGGAAGAUAACGAAGAUAAGAAGAAAAAGAAAGUUAACAAGACAGUCUGGGAUUGGGAAUUGUUGAAUGAUUCUAAACCAAUUUGGACUCUCAAACCAUCUGAAAUCACUGAUGAAGAAUAUAACAAUUUCUAUAAAGCAUUGACAAAAGAUUCUCAAGAACCAUUGGCUAAAGUUCAUUUCAUUGCUGAGGGUGAAGUCACUUUCAAAUCAUUACUUUUUGUUCCUAAGGUUCAACCAAGUGAUAGCUUCAACCGUUAUGGAACUAAGGAUGAUAAUAUAAAAUUAUAUGUUAGAAGAGUCUUCAUUUCUGAUAAAUUUAAUGAUUUAAUGCCAAAUUAUCUUGCUUUCAUCCAAGGUAUUGUUGACAGUGAUGACCUUCCCCUCAAUGUUUCUCGAGAAAAUCUCCAACAGCACAAACUCAUUAAAAUCAUUAAGAAGAAAUUGAUUCGUAAAGUUCUUGAUAUGAUUAAAAAGAUUCCUAAAGAAAAUUACCAAGAUUUCUGGAAAGAGUACAGCACUAAUAUCAAGUUAGGUAUUAUUGAAGAUGCUCAGAAUCGUGCUAGAUUGUCAAAAUUACUCAUGUUCCGUACCUCAGCACAAGAUAAGCCCACAUUAUUAGCUGACUAUGUAUCUCGCAUGAAGCCAAACCAACAGCACAUUUAUUAUAUUGCUGGUGCUUCUCUUGAUGAAGUUAAGAAGUCUCCAUUUGCUGAACGCCUGCUGAAAAAAGGAUAUGAAGUAUUGUACUUAAUUGAAGCUGUAGAUGAAUAUGCUCUGUCAUCUGUUCCCGAAUUUGAUGGAAAGAAAUUCCAGAAUGUUGCUAAGGAAGGCUUUUCACUUGAUGAAGGAGCUAAGUCUGCAGAGAGAAAAAAGGAACUUGAGUCUACAUUUGAACCUUUAAUCAAAUACCUGAAUGAUGAAUUAAAAGAUCAUAUCAGCAAAGCUCAGUUAUCAGAACGUUUGACAGACUCUCCUUGUGCUUUAGUUGCAAGUAUGUUUGGAUGGACUGGUAAUAUGGAAAGGUUAGCAGUUUCUAAUGCCCACCAGAAAGCUGAUGAUCCACAAAAGACAUAUUACUUGAACCAGAAGAAAACUCUUGAAAUCAAUCCAAGGCAUCCUUUGAUCAGGGAAUUGUUAAGAAGAGUUGAAUCUGAUCCAGAGGAUCAAGCAACUAAAGAUAUUGCCACAAUGAUGUUCCAAACUGCAACUCUGAGGUCUGGUUAUAUGCUCAAGGAAACUGCCAGCUUUGCUAGCAAUGUUGAACAACUUAUGAGGAAAUCUUUAGGUAUUCCUUUAGAUGAAGCUCCAGAAGAUGAAGGAGAUGACCUAUUUGAAGAUAACAAUGAGACUGAAAAAGAAUUUGAAAUUGAUGCAGAUGAAGACAAAGAACAUAAUGAGGACCACGAUGAGUUGUAAUAAAUUUAAAUGAAAAAUAUAAAUUUUCUUUUGCUAUGCAAUGCAUAGUUCUAACUAUAGAGUUGGAAAUGUUUGCAGCGUUUAAAGUUGCAAUUCUGUUUAAGUUACUUCGAUUCUCAAUUUUAUACUCUUGUAAUUCUCUCUCUGUUGGGAUUAGUCUGUAAAAUCACCAGUUUUGUGAGAUAGUGUGUGAUAAAAAAACUCUGCUUUUUACUCAAGCUAUGAUUUUGCAGUACAAAUAUUUCAAACCAGUAAUUCAAAUUACAAUUGUUCAUUGUACUGAUCCUUGAUGUAACAUAAGAGUUUUAAGUUAGUCAGCAAGGAUAAUUGAUCAUUAUUUAAUUUAUUUUUACUUGGUUUGCUCUUCCAAUAAGUUAUAGAGAAAUAUAGUUGUGUUUGCCUGAAAUGAUUGUAUGUUGAUAAUACUGAGAUGUUUCGUAAGUGAGAAUGUAUUUGUAUAAAUAAAUAUUAAAAAUAUGU